AUGAGUUAACAUAUUUGAAAUACUUUUUCAUUGUAUUUUAUAUGGUUAACGAUGAAAAACUUAACUAAGAUUUCAUUUAUUAUCCUGACUGCAUACACUGAUGUUGGAAAUGUUAAAUACCUUUACUUCACUAUUUUGUUGGCAUUAUAUGUUUGCAUAAUUUUUGCCAAUGUGCUUGUAAUCAGAGUUGUUUGCAUGGAUAGGUCUCUGCAUGAGCCCAUGUACCUGUUUUUGUGCAGUCUGUGUGUGAAUGAACUAUAUGGCAGCACAGGUCUAUUUCCUUGUCUUUUGGUUAAUUUGAUCUCACACACCCAUGCAAUUUCUCUUACAUAUUGCUACUUGCAGAUGUACUGUUUGUAUACUUAUGCAACAGUGGAGUAUUGUAAUUUGUCUGUCAUGUCUUAUGACAGGUACAUGUCAAUCUGUCAUCCUUUACAGUAUAACCGCAUCAUGACACAGAGGAGAGUGUGUAUUUUAAUUCUGCUGGCAUGGUCAUACUCCUUUUGCCAAUUUACUGUUACCCUCUCCUUGAAUUUGCGUUUACAGUUGUGUGGUAAUGUCAUGGAGAAAGUGUGGUGUGACAACUACAUGCUGGUCCGACUUUCCUGUUCAGAUACAACUGUAAAUAACAUGUAUGGCCUUUAUGCAACUGUCCUAACUAUUUGUGCUCCACUGGUACUCAUGUUAUACUCUUACAUCAGGAUCAUCAAAAUUACUUUCAGGUCCAGUAAAAGUGCAAAAAAGAAGUCCUUAAGUACAUGUGCUCCUCAUAUUGUUUCACUGCUAAAUUAUUCCAUAGGUUGCUCUUUUGAAAUCAUUCAGAGCAGACUAGGUAAGGCAAAUAUCCCAAGCAUUCUGCGCAUCAUUAUUUCAAUAUAUUUUUUAAUGAUUCCACCACUUGUUAAUCCAAUUAUGUAUGGACUAAAGAUGGCUAAAAUUAGAGAAGCAUGUAAAAAAGUUGUCUGUCCAAGAAAAUCCUUCUUUUAA